AAAACAAAUGUCUUCGAAGGCUGUUUACGAAGAAUCUGCUAAGCUGCUUAUAUACAACUCGAUAUGCUACUCUAAGUUAGCGAAAAAUCCACUUAGAGUAGUUAAAGUGGGUGAUGAUGUUAGUCUAGUGACAGAUGAAUGGAUAUUACUUAAUGUAUGGAAGGUUUUUAAUAUUUGCUAACAUAUUAUGUAGGAUCUUGUCAGUAAGCCCGAUGUCCUCAUAAAACGCAGGGGAAAAUUGGGACUAGUUUUUGCAGGCUUCCAUUGGGCGGAUUUACAGGGGAAAAUAAAAAGUUUGUUGGCGAGCAAAUUCACGAUCGGUUCUACCAGUGGAAUUCUCGAUCGCUUCCUUAUUGAACCAUUUGUACCACAUGAACAGCAAGAAGAGUACUAUCUGUGUAUGUACACUCAAAGGAAUUCAAAUGUUAUCCUUUUUCAUCAUGCCGGUGGAGUAGAUGUGGGUGAAGUAGAUUCUAAGGCUAAACGUUUUGAGGUUUCAGUUGAAGAUAUUAUGAAAUCUGGUUCUGGAAUGAAAGCUGGUUGUUCCGCCGAUCAAUUAUUACAGAGUUCACUGCUUUCAGGAGUAAAAUGUCCGAAGCGUGCAAGGAUGCUAGCUGAUUUCAUCGUUGAAUUGCAUUCAGUUUUUGACAAAUUAUACUUCACCUAUUUAGAAAUCAAUCCAUUAGUUAUUUGUAAAUGGAAUAUGAAUACGAACAAACCUAAUGAUUGUAAUGGUAGCCGUUAUCAUAUCAUUAACGAUAAUGAACUACAGGAUGGAGAUAAUGAUAUCAACGAACAGUUAUAUAUUCAUAUAUUGGAUGUUGCUGCCAAAUUGGAUCAGUGUGCAGAACAUUUGUUCACUUCAAGUUUGGAAUGGUCAGUGAAUGGAGAAAUGUUGAAAUUUCCUUUUGGUUUUGGUAAAACUGAAACUAAAGAGGAAGCGUACAUCGCAAAGUUGGAUGCUCGAACAGGUGCUUCAUUAAAGCUUACUAUACUUAAUCCAAAUGGUCGUAUAUGGACAAUGAGUGCAGGUGGUGGAGCUUCAGUAAUUUAUGCUGAUACAGUUUGUGAAUUAGCUGAAAAAGUCAAAGCAGCUGGCGGUACAAGUCAAGGUGUAAAAGAUUUAGCGAAUUAUGGUGAAUAUUCUGGAGCACCAUCAGAAGAAUUAACUUAUGAAUAUUCAAAAACAAUUCUAACUUUGAUGACUACUGGAGAACUACAUCCAGAUGGUAAAGUUCUACUAAUCGGUGGAGGAAUUGCAAAUUUCACCAAUAUUGCUGCUACAUUUAAAGGUAUUGUGCGUGCUUUGACAGAAUUCAAAGAACAAUUGAAGAGACAUAAUAUACGUAUAUUUGUCCGUCGUGCUGGUCCCAACUACCAGGAAGGUCUUCGUGUAAUGCGUGAAUUGGGUCGUACUAUCGAUAUUCCAAUUUAUGUAUUUGGACCUGAAACUCAUAUGACUGCUAUCGUAUCAAUGGCAUUUGGUUUACGUCAAAUACCUCCACCUAAAGUAGAUCAUAUUCAGUCAUCUGCAGAUGCUCUAUCAUUGUACAGUUACAGUGGUUCUGGCUGUGAACGUAAAAAUUCAGAAAAAUCAACACCAGUGGUAACCAAUCAAACUCGCAAGGUUUCUGAAUUCUCUUCUACUAUCAAUACUGCUACUACUACAACUACUAAUGGUAAUAAUCAUGAAACUAUUUAUGAAGAACCACUUUUUACAGUGAAAACAAAGUGUUUAAUAUGGGGUUUACAAGUGAAAGCUGUUCAGUCUAUGUUAGAUUUCGAUUAUGCUUCCGGUCGUGAAAGUCCAAGUGUAGCAGCUCUGAUUUAUCCUUUCAACGACGAUCAUCAAUUAAAAUUUUAUUGGGGUGCAAAAGAAUUAUUUCUACCAGUUUAUAAGUAUAUGUUGAAUGCAAUGGACAAGCAUCCAGAUGCACGUGUAUUAGUAAAUUUCGCUUCAUUACGAGUUGCUUAUGAUAUAUGCAUGGAAGCAAUGGAAGUGAAUUGUAUAGUUUCAUCUAAUUAUAAAGAGAAUGGAAUAUCGAAUGAACACAAUGAUGCAUUUAUUCAUAACAAUAUUAAUAAUAAUGGUUUAUCAGUAAACGAGGCACAGAUCAAGUGUAUUGCUAUUAUAGCUGAAGGUAUACCAGAAAAUAUGACACGUCGUUUAAUACAACGAUCCAAAGAAAGAAAUAUUCUAUUGAUUGGUCCAGCAACUGUAGGUGGCUUAAAAUCUGGCUGCUUCAAAAUCGGUAAUACAGGCGGAAUGACAGACAAUAUACUGGCAUCAAAACUUUAUCGACCUGGAAGUGUUGCUUAUGUAUCACGUUCUGGUGGAAUGUCCAAUGAAUUGAAUAAUAUUAUUUCAAUGAAUUCUGAUGGUGUUUAUGAAGGUGUCGCGAUUGGUGGUGAUCGUUUUCCUGGUUCAACAUUUAUUGAUCAUAUUCUACGUUAUGAAAAUAAUCCAGAAGUCGGUAUGAUUGUUGUCUUGGGUGAAGUUGGUGGUAUAGAAGAGUAUGCAAUAAUUGAAGCAGUUAAAUUGGGCAAAAUAAAAAAACCAAUUGUAGCCUGGUGUAUAGGAUCAUGCGGUGAAUUAUUAAGCGCUGCAGCUAAUUCGAAUGAUAAUACAGACAGCAGUAAUAUUGCUAGUGGUUCAAUUCAAUUCGGUCAUGCUGGUGCAUGUGCUAAUUCUUUACAAGAAACAGCUACAGCGAAAAAUUAUGCAUUGGCCAGUGUUGGUAUACAUGUUCCAGAAUCAUUUGAUGAAUUAGAUCUCUUAAUUAGACGUGUUUUUGAUGAACUUGUAAGAAGUGGUCAGUUAAUCCCGAAAACUGAUCAUCCACCUCGUACUGUUCCAAUGGAUUAUGAAUGGGCCAAGGAAUUAGGUCUAAUUCGUCGACCAGUUUCGUUUACAUCAACAAUAUGUGAUGAUAGAGGCGAAGAGUUAUUGUAUGCUGGAAUGCCAAUUAGUCAUGUGAUUGAACAAGAUUUAGGCAUAGGUGGUGUUCUUGGCUUAUUAUGGUUCAAAAGAAGAUUACCUGAAUAUGCAACAAAAUUUUUAGAAUUAUGUCUUAUUAUAACAGCGGAUCAUGGUCCAGCUGUAUCCGGUGCACAUAAUACAAUAGUGGCGACACGUGCUGGUAAAGAUCUCAUCUCUAGUCUUGUAUCUGGACUUUUAACAAUUGGUGAUAGAUUUGGUGGUGCAUUGGAUGCUGCAGCGCGUCAGUUUUCACAAGCUUAUGAUGCCGGCUUAACACCUAUUCAGUUUGUUAAUCAAGAACGUCAAGCAUCACGUCUUAUCAUGGGUAUUGGACAUCGGAUUAAAUCUAUAACUAAUCCAGAUAAACGUGUUCAGUUACUAUCCAAUUAUGUACAUGAACAUUUUGUAGCAACUCCAGUUGUUGACUAUGCACUCGAAGUUGAGAAAGUUACCACUAAUAAGCGUCCAAAUUUAAUAUUAAAUGUUGAUGGUAUGAUUGGUGUAGCAAUGGUAGAUUUGUUAAGAAGCUCCGGUCAUUUCACACGAGAAGAAGCUGAAGAGUAUAUUACCAUUGGAACAUUGAAUGGCUUGUUUGUUUUGGGUCGAUCAAUCGGGUUUAUUGGUCAUUACCUGGAUCAGAAACGUUUACAUCAAGGCUUGUAUCGUCAUCCAUGGGAAGAUAUUUCAUACAUGUUACCAAAACAUCCAUAAUUUGUGAAGACUUAUGUCUAAAAAGGGUCUUUUAAUUUACUAAUUAUCUAUCAAGUUAAAUAUAACUUGUUACCUUUCAUUUCAUUAAUGAGAACUGAAGAAAAUCUAAGAGUUUCUUACAGAACAUUUUACCAUAUAAAUAUGAUUCUUUCAUGAAUAUUAUUUAACUGGAUAAUACGGUUGUGAGUAUCAUUGUUUUUCAAUGUUUACAAUUUAAUAUAUUACUACUGUUAUUAUUAUUAUUAUUACCAUUAUUAUGAUUAUGAUUAUUAUUGCUGAAAUAACCAUCCAUUUUUAUCCAUUUUCGAUUUGAUAUUUUAUCGGAACUAUGUGAAAUUGAUCGCAAUGCAUUUCACUUAUCAUGACCACUUUUCCCCUUUAAAAUAAUCAUAUCAUGAUUAUGUUCUUUUUGUGUUUUUGUUACAUUUCAUAUUCUUCUUGUUAAGUAUGCCUGACAACUUCAUCAAAUCUAUAUAUUCUGUCUUUUGUUUGUUUUUUUUUUGGACCAUUUUAUUCAUUAGUUACCUAGGUUACUCGUGAAUGCUAGUAAAAUGUGCGCACAGACACAUACAUAUGCACACACACAUGUGUGUGUUUUUAUUAGUAUUUCUUCAACAUAUUUCAAAUGGUUGUGGUUUCUUUCAAUGGUUGUGAAUACUACUCACUACUAUUACUACUACUACUACUACUACUACUACUAGUAGUAGUACUAUUUAUAAUUAUUCCACAUACACAGUGAUAAAAUGUUCAGUUUGGUAACUAUUUGUAUGUUUGUCUUAAACAAUGGAUGCUUAAUAUUACUAUUAUCCGGUUGCAUCAUGAAUAGAAUGAUGUGGAUAUACUGUGUGCUUGAUGUUUGACUUUCUUUUGAAUCUUGUUCUUCUUUUUUCCGGUUGUUUUUUUGUAAAGAAGGUUAAUUUAUUCACCUAACAGAGAGCAUAGAAUGGACAUUGUAGAAUAUAUACUUUUCAUCCAUAUAUUUAUUAAAUAAGAUUGUGCUAAAUAAAUAUUCUCCCUUCAUCUCUUUCUUAUACACAUUUCCAUAAAUCUAUCUAUAUAUACGAGCAUGAUUAUAUGAUAACCAAUCAGAAUAUGCUCCUCUUCUGUAUUUCUUUGUUUUUCUAUUCUUCUUUCUUAGUUAUGCUUCUAUUCUUAAAUUGUUUACUGUUUCCUCAUUUCUUCAUUUUUUCCUUCUUCUUUCAUUUGUCUACAUCACUCCAUUUGAUUAUCUAGAAGUAGUAGUACUAUAAUAAAUUAAUAAUUAAUUACUAUUCAAUUGGUAUUAUUAUUUGUCUAUUGUUAAACAUUGAAUUGAUAUGUUAAUGUUAUUGGUUCAUCAAGUGAAAUUGCAAUCAUCAUUCCAUGAGAUCACUAUGUUUUAAAUGUUUACUGAUGAUGGAGAGGAUGAAAUGAUGGAAUGUAGAUGGCACAGCCGAGAGUGGGGGGAGUCAGCUCUGGCUCUCGAAAUCCUCUCACAUGGCCACAUGCAUACAACCACUUCCAGGGAAGUUUUACUCACUGCCUCUUCGUGGCGGUGGUCUUG